CAAAGAUGGCCACGACCUGGAGCCGAACGUAAACAAAGAUGGCCGCGCCCUAAAGCCGAACGUAAACAAAGACACUGUAGUGUAAAACAGUACUGAACACACUUUACGUGUCCAGCCUUGGAUGUAACUUCAUUGUUGCAAUAAAGACUGAAUUCUGGAUACUACACAAGCGGCCCUCUGACUUCUGAUUUGGCGGGGAAGGAGAAAAAACCACGACAUAAAUUGGCGUCACGAACAGGAUCGGAGAAGAGACCUGGGGAGGCGACCACCUGGCGGAGAACCGGGAGACACCCGUCUGCAUUUGAGCGGCGCGCCCAAACAUAGGAAAAGGAGAAAGCACAGAAAGAAGACACAGACUGGGAGGAGCCAGUCAUCUUUCCAGGAGAUAAAGUCUACCUGCGAGUGUUCCGGCGAAAGUGGCACGAGCCCCGACGAGAAGGACCCUUCAAGGUGACACGAGCCUCAGCAACAGCGGUACAGGCAGAAAGGAGUAACACGUGGUAUCAUUUGAACCACUGCACUAGAGUACUGCACGAAAGGCAGAUAGUCACUGAAACCAACACAGAGGAUGCAGCUGCCCUUGGCUCAGAUGGCCCUGAUGGAGCUCCCAGAGGAGCUCCACAACUUGGAGAGGAGCCAGUUUCAGGUUCAGAGCAGACUGAGGGUCAAGAGGGAGCGUCGCAAGCAGACCAGCCACUCCAGACAGAACACGAAGCUGUGGGUUCUGGUAGGGCUGACAGCGAUGAUAUUGGUGAUGCUAAUGAUAUAUCAGGCCCUUCAGGUCUGGGGGCACAGCAGGACGACAGGUCAGGUGAGAUCAGAACAAUUGACUUCACUGACUCAGCCUUGUCCUUUAAUGCUGAAUAACCUCUCAGAUAACAAUGAGCGAAAGCGGAGAGAGGUAGGGAGGAGAUAUGGGAGUGAGGAGAGUGAGCAAAUUGUAGAAUAUUACCAGGAUGAAAUAGACCUGGAAGGAUUAGCAAAACGUACGCUUGGAAAUUGGUGGUAUAAAUGGGCUAAGUAUACCGCUGCUUCAUUAGGACAGGAGGGUUGUGUGUUGUGUGCAGGUCCUGACCCUUCAGUUAGGGUAGUCCUGUUCCCAUACACUAAUAAACGGUGUGAAGAAUGGGAAAUGGAGAGGAUUAUGAGAUUCUGGAAGAGUCUGUGUCAGGAGGGGCCGGCUCCUGAGAAAGACUGCAGACCCAUAUCUAACCAGUCAGAGCGCAUACCAUACUGCCCCUAUAAGUGUCUGAUAUAUCAGGGAAAUACUAAAUAUGCUUACAGGGUGGAAAAGCAUUGUGGGCAGUUUAAGCCCUGGGAAGGGGGACAGCAAGAUAUUAUGGUGAACAAAUUGAGUUUUUUCAAGGGACUUAUUUAUGAGUGUUUUACAAAUGAUGGGCCAGAGGAGGUAGGCAUCUUCUGGGGAACCUGUGGAACUGUUUGGGAUGUGAAAGGUCCCCGAGUACCGAAUGGAGAACUAUCACGUGUUCCGCUGGAUGCGUUAGAAAACCAGAGUGUGCCCCUGGCAGAUGUGUGGUGGCUGUGUGGUAAAGAGGGCGGAUUGAGGCCUACUCUUCCCUAUAAUUGGGGAGGCCUCUGCGCUAGGGUAAUGUUAGCAAGCCAGGUGGAUAUAUAUUCUAGAAGACGACCAUCUAGGUCCCGCAGAUUUGUUGCAAAUUAUGAGAAGGAUCCCAAUGUAUAUAUAGAUGCGAUUGGCCAGCCGAGGGGCAUUCCAGAGAAAUAUCAGGCGAGAAGUGAGAUAGCUGCUGGUUUCGAAUCAAUAUUAAUCUGGCCUACUCUUAACAAAAAUGUGGAAUGGAUAAAUUAUUUGUACUAUAAUCAGCAGAGGUUUACCAACUAUACUCAGGGGGCACUCGCAUCUCUGGGGGAGCAGCUUCAGGCCACCAGUCUGAUGACCUGGCAGAACAGGAUGGCCCUGGAUUGGCUCCUGGCAGAAAAAGGGGGAGUGUGUGUGCUGUUUGGGGAUCAGUGCUGUACGUUUAUUCCUAAUAAUACAGCCCCGGAUGGUUCCUUUACUAAGGCUAUGAGAAAGUUGCAGGGGUUACAGGAUGAGAUGGCAAGUAAUGCAGGACAACAUGACGGGUUGUUUGACUGGUGGUAUGAUAUGUGGGGCAAUUGGCAGCAAGCCCUUAUGAAAGCACUCUGUGUGGGUGCUGUGCUCAUUUCUGCUCUGCUACUAAUCUUUUGCUGUAUAGUUCCUCUUGUUCGCUCCCUAGUGGGGAGAGCACUGUCCCGGCAGGCAACUAUAGCUGCAAUGUCUAGAGUGGUGGGAGGACCGUUUGGAGCGGCAUCCUCCUGGACCAACACAGAAAUGGAUGGCGACAUAGACACCUUGGAUGCAGUCCUGCCCAUAGCUGAAGUUCGGCCAUUCCGUGUGUGAAUACUCCGAGCAGGAGACCUGCAGCGUGGCUGCCUCCCACGACAUCUGGGAUUUUUUCUAAUUAAGACAGACUGUCCAUUAUAAUAGUCUGCAUUGUUAUUAGUUAACCUUUUACUUAUCUUUGUAUUACAUAUAUCUGUUUUUGUAUUGGGUUUGUAAUAGAUUUUGUAGUCCUACUGUAUAUGCAAUAUAUCCAGGGGAGGUCAUUGUAUGGCGAUCCUCCCUUCCCUUUCCUGAUGUACCCCCUGUGCUGCCGUUGGUUGACUCUCAGUGUUAGUAGUUUGUGAGCCAUGCCUGCCAUGGACCCCGAAGGGGGGCGGCGCCUGUGGCGGGCUGGGAGUGGAAUUUCCCUGGGUCAUAGGGUUUUUGCCCUCCCUCCUAGGCUGGAUGGACAGGAUUGUGUGUGGGACUCCUUGGAGUCCCAAAGGGGGGAAAUAUAUGGAAUAUUAUUUAGCACUAUAUAACAUAGAAUACAAGUAUUAUGAUAUUAUUAAAAAGUAUGUGAAAUAUCCAUGAUGUAAUCAUUACAAUAUAAACAUUAUAAUGUAAUCAACACAACGUAAUCAACUGAGUAUGUAUUUGCACCUUUUGUUAGUCUGAGAUUCUGUUAGCUACUUUAUAUUAGUCCUGAAUCUAUGAAUAUUCACUUUUAUUAACGUAUAUUUUAUCACAAUGUUAAAGGACAAAUAUAUUAUCAACCUUUUAGUUAGACAAUGUGUAAAAGGCUGAAACUGCCUAGGUUUACUACUGAAGGAAGGGAUUCGCCUGAGUUCACGGCUGAGCAUUUUUAAAAACCCAAGUGGAGCUGCUCACGCCACCGUUAUGUUCAGCCGAGAGACCAAACGGUAAAAGAAAUGAUGGACAAACUUAUCACCUAGGGGUGUGGAUUAAGGGAAAAAACUAUUAUUGUGAAUGGCUGAAGGAAUGAUGAUGCUUAAGUGACGAGAUAUUGUUAAAUGAAUAUUGUUAAAAGAACUUAUAUAAAAAUUGGUGUAAAACAGUACUGGACACACUUUUACGUGUCCAGCCUUGGUUGUAACUUCUUUGUUGCAAUAAAGACUGAAUUCUGGAUAUUGCACAAGCGGACUUCUGACUUCUGAUUUGGCGGGGAA